UGUUGACACCUCGGCUGCGGAUAUCAUGGGAAAAGGCACACUGAUGAAGAUCUCCUGGAUCCUGUUCGUGGUGUCAGUAUGGAUGAAGCCAGUGAAUGGACUGAUAUGUGGGGACGAGAACUUUCCACCGUUUCUGGCAAUGGCGGGCGAUGGAGGAACCUGUGAUACCAGUGCAGAAGAUUGUUUACGUCCGCAUGUUCAAGUGGCACAAGGAAGUGCCAUCGCUAACAGUACCAACCUUGCAUGCAAGUUUAGACAGAUUUCGGUAACCAUGGGAAGUAUACUUUUAACAGGCCCAAACAGUAUUGUGUCUGGCGAGUAUGUCAACUGCACCCAUCUAGUUUGCCCAGUACCUGGCAACAGCAUACCGAUCGGUGAUGGCGAGGAGGUUAUUGGCUGGCUUAUAUCUGUCAGCAACGACAACGUGAACGUUGGAACAGAAACUGCGUACCUCCCUUACGACGGCAGGUGUCUGACCUGUGACACCGGAAACGUCCCAUCAUGCACGUGGCAAGCAGAAGACCAUUGCUUCAUCGGCGGGGUAUGUUACAUGCCUGGGGACCUCCGCACUAAUCUCACUUGCUACAGCUGUGACCCCACACAGUCGACCACUGAAUGGACACUUUUGCCCAAUAAAUGCGACAUCGAAAACACAUGUUAUGAUGACUCGGAUGUUAAUCCAAAUGACUCCUGCCAGGAAUGUAGCAGUGUCACCAACACAACGGAGUUUUCCACAAGAGCGAACGUCUGCAAUGUAAAUGGCGUGUGUUAUGGUGAAGGACAAUCAGAAGACGGCAUUGGCUGUAAGGUGUGUGAUUUGGAUUCGUCAACCUCAGAACUUACUUUACAACCCAACACAUGCUUUAUUAAUGACACUUGUUAUGGCGACGGCGAUACGCAUCCCGAUUUCCCCUGCCUAUCAUGCAUCAGUGCAGUAAGCUCGUCUGAGUUUAGUCUUCAAGCUGGCAAAUGUUUCAUCGACAACAUGUGCUACAAUGAUGAGGACCAGGACCCAAGUGUGACUUGCAAACAGUGUGAUAGUUCGAGCAACCCUUCGGAGUUUACUCUCAAAGACAAUAAAUGCUUCAUCGAAGACACAUGUUAUGACGAGGGACAUAUAGAUGAGAAUAACUCGUGCCAGGCAUGUAACAGUACCACCAACACAGCUGCGUUUUCCCCAAGAGCAAACGUCUGCAAUGUAAAUGGCGUGUGCUAUGGUGAAGGACAAUCGGAAGGCGGCAUUGGCUGUAAGGUGUGUGAUCUGGAUUCGUCAACCUCGGAACUUACUUUACAACCCAACACAUGCUUUAUUAAUGACACUUGCUAUGGCGACGGCGAUACACAUCCCGAUUUCCCCUGCCUAUCAUGCAUCAGUGCAGUAAGCUCGUCUGAGUUUAGUCUUCAAGCUGGCAAAUGUUUCAUCGACAACAUGUGCUACAGUGAUGAAGACCAGGACCCAAGUGUGACUUGCAAACAGUGUGAUAGUUCGAGCAACCCUUCGGAGUUUACUCUCAAAGACAAUAAAUGCUUCAUCGAAGACACAUGUUAUGACGAGGGACAUGUAGAUGAGAAUAACUCGUGCCAGGCAUGUAACAGUACCACCAACACAGCUGCGUUUUCCCCAAGAGCGAACGUCUGCAAUGUAAAUGGUGUGUGCUAUGGUGAAGGACAAUCGGAAGACGGCAUUGGCUGUAAGGUGUGUGAUUUGGAUUCGUCAACCUCAGAACUUACUUUACAACCCAACACAUGCUUUAUUAAUGACACUUGCUAUGGCGACGGCGAUACGCAUCCCGAUUUCCCCUGCCUAUCAUGCAUCAGUGCAGUAAGCUCGUCUGAGUUUAGUCUUCAAGCUGGCAAAUGCUUCAUCGACAACAUGUGCUACAAUGAUGAGGACCAGGACCCAAGUGUGACUUGCAAACAGUGUGAUAGUUCGAGCAACCCUUCGGAGUUUACUCUCAAAGACAAUAAAUGCUUCAUCGAAGACACAUGUUAUGACGAGGGACAUGUAGAUGAGAAUGACUCGUGCCAGGCAUGUAACAGUACCACCAACACAGCUGCGUUUUCCCCAAGAGCGAACGUCUGCAAUGUAAAUGGCGUGUGCUAUGGUGAAGGACAAUCAGAAGAGGGCAUUGGCUGUAAGGUGUGUGAUCUGGAUUCGUCAACCUCAGAACUUACUUUACAACCCAACACAUGCCUUAUUAAUGGCACUUGCUAUGGCGACGGCGAUACGCAUCCCGAUUUCCCCUGCCUAUCAUGCAUCAGUGCAGUAAGCUCGUCUGAGUUUAGUCUUCAAGCUGGCAAAUGCUUCAUCGACAACAUGUGCUACAAUGAUGAGGACCAGGACCCAAGUGUGACUUGCAAACAGUGUGAUAGUUCGAGCAACCCUUCGGAGUUUACUCUCAAAGACAAUAAAUGCUUCAUCGAAGACACAUGUUAUGACGAGGGACAUGUAGAUGAGAAUGACUCGUGCCAGGCAUGUAACAGUACCACCAACACAGCUGCGUUUUCCCCAAGAGCGAACGUCUGCAAUGUAAAUGGCGUGUGCUAUGGUGAAGGACAAUCAGAAGAGGGCAUUGGCUGUAAGGUGUGUGAUCUGGAUUCGUCAACCUCAGAACUUACUUUACAACCCAACACAUGCCUUAUUAAUGGCACUUGCUAUGGCGACGGCGAUACGCAUCCCGAUUUCCCCUGCCUAUCAUGCAUCAGUGCAGUAAGCUCGUCUGAGUUUAGUCUUCAAGCUGGAAAAUGUUUCAUCGACAACAUGUGCUACAAUGAUGAGGACGAGGACCCAAGUGUGACUUGCAAACAGUGUGAUAGUUCGAGCAACCCUUCGGAGUUUACUCUCAAAGACAAUAAAUGCUUCAUCGAAGACACAUGUUAUGACGAGGGGACAUGUAGAUGAGAAUGACUCGUGCCAGGCAUGUAACAGUACCACCAACACAGCUGCGUUUUCCCCAAGAGCGAACGUCUGCAAUGUAAAUGGCGUGUGCUAUGGUGAAGGACAAUCAGAAGAGGGCAUUGGCUGUAAGGUGUGUGAUUUGGAUUCGUCAACCUCAGAACUUACUUUACAAC